GUCUCAACUCGAAAUUAAGAGAUUAGUGGGGUCCACGCCAUUGAUGAUGAACUUAAAGCUUGAUGACUAUAGUAAGCUUGUUGAAUCGCAACUGAACUGAAUCUUCUUCUCCGGCGACACGAUGAUGUCUUCGUCUUGCCUUGUUGACGCGGCUAGGGCGCUGGCGUGCAGGGAUGGGCAAGCCGCUUCGAAUCUCAAGCUCGUAUCGAUUUUCUUCAUCUUCUUCACCAGCGUUGUCGGUAUAACGUUGCCGGUACUCCUUUCCAAGUUCUUCCAUGGAAAACAAGCAUACGAUAAGGCUUUACUCAUCAUUAAAUGCUUCGCUGCUGGAGUCAUUCUCUCUACAUCACUUGUUCAUGUCCUUCCUGAUGCAUUUGGCGCCCUAGGUAACUGUCAGGUUGCUUCUCGACAUCCGUGGAAGGAUUUCCCCUUCUCCGGCCUCAUUACCUUAAUCGGCGUCUUAACCGCUCUUAUGGUAGACCUCGCCGCUACCUCGCACGUCGACGGUCAAGGAAACAGCCAUAGCCACGGUCAUAGCAGCGGUAAAAGUACUGGUAAAUCUCACGAUAGAUACGAACGAAUUGACGCGAACGAGGAAUUGGAGAUAGUGUGUAAGAGUGCGAAGGAAUCAGCGAUUGCGAUUGUAGCGGAAGAAUCGGGAGAGGAAUUGACGAAUGCGGAGGAACUGAUGAAGAUGAAGCAGAGGCUGGUAUCGCAAGUGUUGGAAAUAGGGAUAAUAUUCCAUUCGGUGAUAAUAGGGGUGACGAUGGGGAUGUCUCAGAACAAGUGUACCAUUCGGCCGCUUGUAGCCGCCCUCUCCUUCCACCAGAUCUUCGAAGGGAUGGGCCUCGGCGGAUGCAUCGCUCAGGCGGGAUUUGGGUUCAAGACUACAUUGUACAUGUGUUUGAUGUUUUCGGUGACGACGCCAAUGGGAAUAUUGCUGGGAAUGGCGAUAUUCUCGGUGACGGGUUACGACGACAGCAGCGCAAACGCGUUGAUCUUGGAAGGGUUGUUGGGUUCGUUAUCGUCGGGUAUACUUAUUUACAUGGCCCUUGUGGACCUAAUAGCACUUGAUUUCUUCCAUAGUAAGUUGAUGGCUUCAGAUUCUAUGCUUAAAAAGGUAUCUUUUGUUGCCCUUGUUCUAGGAUCUACUUCCAUGUCUGUUCUUGCUCUAUGGGCUUGAAUUUAAUUUCCUUUUCUACUGAAAAAGAAAUACAUUAUAUAUAUGUGAUUGAGCAAUUGAAAUGAACAAGGGUAGUUAAUGAUAAUUAAUUUAUCAUUAAUAAUUUUAUGUA